AUGGCCGGCGCCGCCAACGAAGAUCUCUUCUCUUCCGUGGUAUCCGACAUCAAGGCCUACCAAGGCAGUGAUCCACUCUGCCCCUGGCUCAGGUAUGCGACAGAUGCACCUCACUCUCAGCGGGAAGUCUUGCUGCCCUAGCCUUCCUGACGUUCCUUGCUUGGCUCCGUUCUUCUCCAGGGGGAUCCGAAGGAUGCGGGAGCUUCUCUCCAGUCAAGCCCUAGCCGAGAAGCUGCCGCGGUUCCUUCAGAAGUGCGCCGAGGCGUUCGAGUGUGACCGUCGCUAUCGCAACGAUAUUCGCUACCUGCGCGUGUGGAUCCAACUGGUAGGCCUCGGCUCCUUGUUCUAGUUCAUCGACGAUUCUUCCUCUACUUCAACUUUUUCGCCGCAGAUGGAUCACGUGGAUGAUCCGAGGCGCCUCCUCCGGAGAAUGGAGAAGAAUCAGAUCGGCGUGAAGCAUUCCGCGUUUUAUGUAGCGUACUCCUUGUACUAUGAGAAGCAGAGGAAGUUCGAAGCGGCGGAGAAGAUGUACCAUGUGGGGGCGCAGAAGUAAGUCUUCCUCGGGAUAACUGCUCGUAAAUUUCCCUUAUACAAGUUAUUGGCUGAAAGAACGACGCCCACGCCCUCAUUCAAUAGGCAUAUCAUGCAGCCCGUUAUCUGUUGAUAACGCGGUGUAGCCAGAUGAUGUUGACGAAAAAUUAAGAACGGCUUAUUGGAUAAUUAGUUGAUGACGGAUCGUGAAAAUGACUAUUAAUCAGUCACCAGUCUCACUUUCUCAUGUAUCAUCUUGCCACACAGGCACUUUGUCCUGCUUGAUUCGUUUUUUAAGCAUACUCAAGGUUGCCUUGAUCGUGUGCAGACUUGCAGAGCCUGCUGUUCAAUUGCAGAAGUCAUAUGAGCAAUUUCUACACCGCAUGGAGCUCCACAAGAGACGCAAAUCCAAGGUAGUCUGCCGCCAUUUUCCCCUAUCUUCUUAGUCAAUUCCACACUUCGUUUCUUGACUGCAGUUGGAACUCUUUCAGCGGAAAGAAGCGAGAAUAAAUAUGGCUUCCAAGGCUGUGCCUAUCCAUCGGAAGGAGAUUAACAUACACAAGGAUGCCAAUUUAGCCGGUCUGUCUAUUCUCUUUUUCUCGCCAUGCUACCUGCUAAAUGGCUCAUAAAAUAGCCCAUUUAUACAUGCCUCUGUGUGUGUUCAUUAUUGAGAUCAGUCGACGAAAAUGCAGGGCUUGUAGAAGAAGUAAUGGAUCAAAAUGGUGACCAGGUGGUCAAGAGAAAGGAAACUUAUCAGGCUUCUUCUUCCAACGUAGGAGACCACCACGGAGACUAUGAUAGCCUGUGCAUGAUGGAAUUACAGUCGAGUUUGGCUGAGGAAACCGGUGGGGAGGCAGGAAAGUGCCGGAAUGUAAUGAGGGCGAAGUCCAUCUUGAAAACUCGUCAGAAGAGAAGCGAGUCAGGUGGCCGUGGUGGUGAUAAAGGAGGCAAGGCCAAUGGUGAUGCGAUUAGACCGAGCUCGCUCACUACUGAGGAUACUGUGGUGGUCAAGUUUGUGGAUUCUGCCAUUGUAGGGAAGUCCGAAGCUGAGGACGCCUGCCACCACGGUCUGGUUGACCCCACAGUCAACUUGAAGGAAGCCAUGAAUACCAUAAACAGCAUGUUUCGGGAGCCCCUUGAGCUUGAGCCGAGACCUAGGAGGAAGCUGCAGCAGAACAUUCCUAGGGAAAAUCCAGAAAACAGUAGUGGGUUCGAGGUUUUCGUUGAUGAUGACCUGAGGCCGAGGAGGUCACGACAGGACCUACCUGAGGCAAAUCCACAAAACGAUAACUCGCUUGAGAUUUUCGUUGAUGAUGAUCCGAGAAUGGGAAGGUCCCAACAGAACUCACCAGAGGGAAACCCACAGAACAAUAAUGGGUUCGAGAUUUUCGUCGACGAUGAUCCGAGACCAGAAGGAAACUCCCGAGAAAACCCAUUUGAAGCAAAUCCACAGGGAAAGAACAAGAACGGGUUUGAGAUUUUCGUUGAUGACAACUCAGAUGAAGUGGAUCUGCCACUUAAGGAUGCAGGAAUCAGUGAGUCGAGGUCAUUUGUUGGAGGAUUUAAGAUGCAAGCAGAUGAUGAGGAUGAGAGUGAAUGUGACGACGGUGAUGUAGAAUAUCCAAAAAUGAGAGAAGAUACGGUGAUCUGCAGUUUUGUGGGAUCAACGGUUGCUGGUGAGCGUGUUGUUGAGAAUGCAUGCCACAGUGGUUUGGUCGACCCCACCAUCAACUUGAAGGAAGCCAUUGACGACAUUAACAGCAUGUUUGGGAAGCCUAUAGAUUUUGUCAGGGUUGGAAGACUGAAGAAGAAGGGAUAUCUGCCGGAGCAGAAGCAGAAGCAGAAGCAGUCUCAUCAAGAUUUUUCCAUACUGAUUGAUGAGGGCGUGGACCACCCAUCGAAGAUGGCUUCCCUGAGCUGCUCUGAUGGGUCCCACAGAGACUCUGGUCUGUUUGAACCGACCAUGUUUACAAAGGAGGCGAUGGAUGAUAUAAACGAAUUGUUUGGUAGGCCAUUGGAUUUUUAG